GUAAUUAGCCUUUAGCUAGGCUAGCCGGAACAAGUGAGUGAAGUGUCCCAGUCCUGAAUUUCAACAUGUCUCACACAGCGCCGGCCGACAAGCCUUCGAACCCGGACAACCCGCGGGUCUUCUUCGAUGUGGACGUGGACGGAGCAAGAGCCGGCCGAAUCGUUUUUGAGCUGUUUGCCGAUAUCACCCCGAAGACUGCUGAGAACUUCCGGGCUCUGUGCACUGGAGAAAAAGGCACCGGCAAAUCGACCGGGAAGCCGAUGCACUUCAAAGGAUGCCCGUUCCACCGAAUCAUCAAGAAGUUCAUGAUCCAAGGAGGCGACUUCUCCAACCAUAAUGGCACCGGUGGAGAGAGCAUCUACGGGGAGAAGUUUGACGAUGAAAAUUUCCACUACAAGCAUGACAAACUGGGCCUGCUCAGCAUGGCCAACACCGGGCCGGACACCAACGGCUCUCAGUUCUUCAUCACCACCGUCCCCACCCCUCACUUAGAUGAGAAGCACGUGGUCUUCGGACAAGUGUUGAAAGGAAUGGGUAUCGUCAAAAUGCUGGAGUUAAUGGACACUAAGGAUGAUGCCCCUGAAAAGCCGUGUGUCAUAGCCGACUGUGGUGAGCAUAAGGAAGGGGACAGCCUGGGCGUUGCACCAACAGACGGAUCAGGGGACACCCACCCAGACUUCCCCGAGGACUCCGAAAUCGACUUUAAAGAUGUGGAUAAAGUCCUGGCGGUUGCUGAGGAUUUGAAGAAUAUUGGAAACAACCUUUUUAAGAGUCAAAACUGGAAAGGUGCUGUCGAGAAAUACAGCAAAGCCCUCAGGUACUUGGAGGUGGGCGGAGAUGUCCUGGAGGAGGAGGUGCAGCUGAAACUGAAACCCGUGGCCCUCAGCUGCUUCCUCAACAUGGCAGCAUGCAAGCUGAAGAUGCAGCUGUGGCAGGAGGCCCUGGAGAGCUGCAAUGAGGCUCAGGACCUGGACCAAGAGAACACGAAGGCACUUUUCCGGAGGGCCCAGGCGUGGCAGGGGUUAAAGGAAAACAGCAAAGCCAUGGUUGAUCUGAAGCAAGCUCACAAAAUAGCUCCAGAAGACAAAGCGAUCAACAACGAGCUGAAGCGAGUGCAGCUGAAGAUCCAGGAGGAGAAGGAGAAAGAGAAGAAGAUCUACGCUAAGAUGUUUGCGUGAACAUUUCACCCAACGAUGCAAUUAGUUGUUAAAUCAACCUUUGAAAAUCAUCUGUACAGAUGAAAGUGCACUGGCAAAGAUUUAAGUGUGUAACCAGGUGAAAAUGUGCUGUGUGUUUAAGUUGACAGGCUUUCUCUUAUUCUGCAGUCGGCACUUUUCUCUCUGUGCGUGUAUGUGUGUGUGUAUUCCAAUGAAGGAAUAACAGUUGUAAGUUUUGACCUGUUAUCAUUAUGACAAGUUUUAUCACUGUAAUGAAAAGUUUGACUCCACUGCUCUGAGAAACUGGAUUAAAGCUUUUGGGGUCUGAAAGACGAUAAUAAAGAUAAUGUUGAAUCAGU